GAAAAAUCACGUUAGAUCUCUUCAUCAUCUCCUCCUCUGCAUUUUCUUCUCCUAUUCUUCUCGACGACGAAAGAAAACACCGAAGCAACGAGGAAGAAGAAGAUUAUAAUCUAAUCUCUCCUUCGUGUAGUUUAGCGAAGAGUGAUGCGAUUUUCUUCUGGCGGUGUUUGAUUUCGUAUUCUCGAGUUGUUGUGGGGGAGAGAUUGAUUAGAAUUAGAGAUGAUGAGUUUCGUGAUUUCAGAUGAAUUUCUGGGGACAUUUGUGCCGAUUCUGGUGUAUUGGGUGUAUUCAGGGAUGUACAUUUGCUUAGGAUCUUUGGAUAAAUAUAGAUUGCAUUCGAAGAUAGAUGAGGAUGAGAAGAAUCUCGUUUCUAAAUCUGCCGUCGUUAAGGGCGUUCUUCUUCAACAGACUCUUCAGGCUAUUAUCUCCGUUAUUCUCUUCAAGGUAUUGAAUCUCUCUCUCUCUCUCCCUUCUUUGAACAUUGUGGCAAAUUUGUGAAUGUUAUAGGAUUUUGGUUGUGGAUUAUGCUAAUAAUGUUGUUGUCCUCCUUGUGCUUCUUGUUAAUCUAAUUUUGUGGUUAGUGAACUUAGGUCGAUGAGAAUGAAUUAGGGGUUUUCUGAUUUCAAUUCACCUUUUGUUGUCCUGAAGCUGUUGGAUCAAGGUUACAGAUUUAGGCUGCAUUAAGAAUAGUUUAGAUUCUGGAGAUUGUUUGAUGAAAUAAAACUUGAAUCUCCUGCUUCUUGCUGUUUUAUAUAGAGAAUUUGCUAGAUUGUUUCACUUGAAAUUCUUGAACAUAAGGCGUUACUUUAGAAAAGCUUUUACGUCUAGAUUUGUGAUUCCCUUGUCUAAUAGUGCUUAGAGGAAUACAAUCUUUACCCUUCAUCAUUCACAUGUGCAAGGUUUUGUUCUCUUGCAUGGGAGACCGUUAUAGAUAGUCUUGGAAUUUCUCACUAUUUGUGUGUUUCAGAGUCGUGAGCUUGUGAUGUUUCUCUGUAUUGGAAGAAAUUGAUUGAGGUUUCUAGUUCUCAUGUUAUGAUAACAGGAAGUGAUGCAGAUGCUGCUACGACACAGCAAUUUUCCAUUCUACUUCUGGCUAGGCAGUUUAUCAUCGCUAUGCUUGUAAUUGACACUUGGCAAUAUUUCAUUCAUCGAUAUAUGCACCUCAACAAGUUCUUAUACAAGCACAUCCACUCUCAGCAUCAUCGCCUUAUUGUGCCUUAUUCGUAUGGAGCUCUAUACAACCAUCCACUAGAAGGUCUUCUCUUGGACACUAUUGGUGGUGCUUUGUCUUUCCUCUUCUCUGGUAUGUCCCCAAGAACAGCCAUCUUUUUCUUCUCCUUCGCUACCAUCAAAACAGUAGAUGAUCAUUGUGGACUAUGGCUUCCGGGAAAUCCAUUUCACAUCUUCUUCAGUAAUAACUCUGCUUACCAUGAUGUUCACCACCAACUCUAUGGAACCAAAUACAACUUCUCGCAGCCAUUCUUUGUUAUGUGGGAUAGGAUUCUCGGCACUUACUUGCCUUAUUCAUUGGAGAAAAGAGCCAAUGGAGGAUUUGAAACACGGCCAAUCAAAGUAUCCAAAGAUGAGUAAUUUCUCUUUCUUUCUUUUGGGGCUUCUUGUCAAUGCUAAGUCAUCAUUUUGCUCGUUAGAGAACCACUGUAACCUUUGCGUACUUGUAAUUGUACAUACAAUUCCAAUCUAUCCUUUUUUCGAUCUGCGGGCAUAUGUUUCUGUGUAAGCCAGCAGUAAAUUUAUCUUGUAAUAGCCAAAACUUCAGAUCUUCUCUGUUAUUAUUAUCUGCUUUAUAAUUCCAGGUUUUGAGACCUGUGAGAGUCUCAUUGAUCUCCUUUGUUACGAA